AUGUCGUCGUUUAGCACGUACCCGCUGGACAAGCGCACCCGGCAGGACAUGAUAGUCUACCUGGAGAAUGCCAACCCAGACCAGCUCAGCGCGACCGCAUGGGGCCAAACCACCUGGCAGGCCGCGCACGGCGAAGGCCGAUCGGCCUCAUCGACCACCUUUCAUAUCGGGCUCCGGUAUGCCCAAGGGCACUACUGGACUUGCAUCCUCACUAGGGUCCGGCGCCAGGAGGUGGCCCUGGAGGGUACCAUCAUCGAUUGGGGUACCACGGCGCCCAACCUGCCGGGGGUCCUCCGGGAGUACCAGCGGCUGUAUCUCAGGGCGCGCGCGCCUGCUAGUGAGAACCCCCAGAGGGAUCCAAGCGACAACAACGGCGGCGGUUCCGGCGGCGGCGGCGGUGGUGGUGGCAACGAUAACGGCCCCGCCUGGGAGAAGAAGGUCUACAAGGACGCCUACGGUGGAUACUUCUACAUGGACGAGGACGACAACUACUGCGCCUGCGACGCGCAGGGCACCCAGGUGAAGACGACGACCCUGAAGGGCCGCACCACCAACCCUCACAACAUCCUGUUGGUGUUUGUAAACUCGCAGAGACAGAACUACUACCUCCACAAGGGCCAGCGCGUCCCCUGCCAAGUGCAGCAGGACCCGUCGACCCACCGCCCCUUCAUCCUCGACGACAAGCAGAAGAAGCGCAACGUCCAGGUCUAUGGCCCGAUGCCUAGGUGGAAGGCGGCCCGCGCCCAGGCCCCGGCCCAGCAGCAGCCCUCGGGCAAGAUAUCCUCGUCCAAGGCCCCGUCGUCCAAGGCCCCGGCCGCGUCGGCCAAGGUUCCUACUCGGAAGCCUCUCCAGACUGUCCAGUUCAUGGUUGAUCCCGCCAGCGGAAGGAAGUAUUACAUUGGCGCCGACGGAAAGACUCACUGGGCUUGA